CCUGUGUUGUGUAAACGAACUGAUGGAUGAAGAUGAGAAGGACAGGGCAAAGAGGGCAUCACGCAACAAAUCUGAGAAGAAGAGGAGAGACCAGUUCAAUGUCCUCAUUAAAGAGCUUUGCACCAUGCUGCAGGGCCAUGGCCACCCUCUCAAGAUGGACAAGUCCACAAUACUGCAGAGGACCAUCGACUUCCUACAGAAACAGAAAGAAAUCACAGCACAGACAGAAGCCUGUCAGAUUAGACAAGACUGGAAGCCUUCAUUUCUUAGCAACGAGGAGUUCACCCAGUUGAUGUUAGAGGCACUGGAUGGCUUUCUCAUUGCUCUUACCACUGAUGGGAUUAUUAUUUAUGUGUCUGAUAGUGUUUCAUCUCUGCUGGGACACUUACCGUCAGAUUUGGUGGACCAAAAUAUAUUAAACUUUCUGCCUGAGGGGGAGCAGAGCGAGGUGUACAAGCUACUUUCUCCACAUGUGCUCAUGACAGAUCCUGUUGCAGCUGAUUUUCUGAAUGCAGAAAAACAAAUAGAGUUUUGUUGCCAUUUAGCAAGAGGCAGCUUAGAUCCAAAUGAACCCCUGAUGUAUGAAUAUGUGAAAUUUGUAGUGGAUUUUAAAUAUUUUACUCAUGUGCCUACACCCUCCUGUAAUGGCUUUGAGUCAGCUAUUGCACGGGCUUUCAGGUCAGCCCCGGAGGAGCAGAUCUGCCUGGUGGCCACCGUGCGCCUGGUCACGCCACAGUUCCUCAAGGAGCUCUGCAAUGUUGAAGAGCCAUGUGAAGAAUUUACAUCGAGGCAUAGUUUAGAAUGGAAGUUUUUAUUCUUGGACCACCGGGCUCCACCUAUUAUAGGAUAUUUGCCCUUUGAGGUUCUGGGAACGUCAGGGUAUGAUUACUACCACGCAGAUGACCUGGAGCUUCUUGCUAGGUGCCAUGAACACUUGAUGCAGUUUGGAAAAGGCAAAUCCUGUUACUAUCGGUUCCUGACCAAAGGGCAGCAGUGGAUAUGGCUGCAGACUCACUACUACAUCACCUACCACCAGUGGAACUCCAAGCCUGAGUUCAUUGUUUGCACUCAUCUGGUAGUUAGUUACGCAGAGGUUCGGGCUGAGAGAAGACGAGAUCUUGGCCUUGAAGAGUCAUCAAUUGAACUGGCAUCCUCUUCUCUAAAGAGCCACAGCAGCUACCUGGAGGUGGGGCAGUGCGGCAGCAGCCAGGACGCCAGCCGGGAGGGAGUGUCGCUGUCCUCGCACAGCUCCCGGCGCUCCUCGCACACCACCCUGUCCGACUCCACCUCCACGUCGUCCAUGCGGCGCACGGACACCAGCACCCCCACGCGGGCGGGGGCUCCGGGGGACAAGGCGGCCCUGCGGCUGGCAGCGCCCGGCAGCGCCCAGGCCAUAGCCACUCCUCAAGCCUGUGGUAAGCACCUGUCUGAGCACCUGGCUCAGCUGGCAGUGCCCUCCCAGCACCCUGUGAUGGGAUUGUACCAUUUUCCCACCCAGCUGGGGAUGAUGCACCAGCUGAAAGAGCAGCUGGAGGAGAGGACUCGCAUCCUGCAAGCUGACAUCAAAACACAGCAAGAGGAGCUCCAUGUCAUCAAGGAGCAGCUCCAGCUCGUGCAGGACUCCAACCUGCAGAUGCUGAUGCAGCAGCCGAUCCCCGUCAUCCUCAACGCCGCCGUGCAGCAGCCCAGCCCCCGGAGGCCGCCCCAGGGCACACCCAGGCACAGCACGGCCAAGAAAUCCCAGCAGCCAGCCCUGCCGGGGACCAAGCAGCACUGCAGCCCCCACCUGCUGUCACCGCAGCCAUUCCUCAGGGACCCCUGUGGCACUGCCCCCCAGGUACAGCAGCAGAAGCAGCAGCACCCAAUGAGAGGAAGCCAAGGCCAGCAAGCGUGUGUGCCAGGGCAGGGCAGCAUUCCAGUACCCUUCUACAACAGCCCCAUGGUGUUCUCCCAAGCACACCCCAUCACUGUGGCUGCACAGGUGCCCACUGACAGCAGUGAGAGGCAGCCACCAGCUGACUACAGCCAGGACAGGAGCCUCAGGAUGCUGUUGGAUCAGUCCAUCCAAGCCAUGAUGCCCACAGCCAACAGCAGCUGCCAGCCUGUGCAGAGCAGUGCCAGCAGGCAGCAAGGAAAGUUUGUUGCAGAGCAGCAGAGCCUGGCUCCCCCAGCAGCACAGGUGCAGCCAGGCACCUGCAGCCCCGCCCGGCCUCCAGCCCCGGCACCCAUCUUCUCCCCAUCCCUCAUUGUCCCACACUCCAGCUUCACCUCCCACCAGCCCAGCACACCACUUCACCUGCACCAGUGGCCACAGCAGCAGGUUCAGCAGCACCGCCUCUACCUUCAGAUGCAGGGUCCCGAGCUGGGGGCUCCAACGCAGCGCAUUUUCCAGCCGCCCCACGCCCCGCAGCAGAACCCCUUGAGCUACUUCCUGCACCCGCAGCAGCAGAGCCACCACACACAGGGCCAGCCCUGCAACCUGCCUGACCUGCCCGAGAUGCAGCUGCCCUGA